UCCACGAUGCCAGGCCGAUGCCCUGCCCCCCAGGCCGGCCCCGGCGCUCCCGACGUGCAGAGAGCCGAGCGCCGCCCCGCAGCCCCCGCGCUCGCCUCCGCUCCGUUCCCCGCCAGGACUCGGCGAGAGCCCGAGCGGCAGCGGCGCAGGGCUCAGCCCCGGGGCGGAGCUGGCGGCGGCGGAGAGGAGGCGGCACGGCCGCAGCAGAGCCGGGGCUCAGCGGCACAGCGAGGCUCGGCCGGCGGAGCGGCGGCAUGCGGCGGGCUCGGGGCGCGGCGCUGCCGGCGCUGGCCGCGCUGGUCAUCGUGGCUGUGGUCAGAGCUCAGGUACAGCAGGAGCCAUUCCUGGAGACCACCGAGGGCACCGGCAUCAACAUCACCUGCUCACACCCCGAAAUCCAGAGCAGCCAAACAAUCUUCUGGUACCGACAAUUGCCUGGCCGGGGACCCGAAUACCUCGUGAGCAUUCACAAGGGCUCCAAAGAGCUGCCGGACAGUGCGGGCCGUGUGUGGGUGUCGGCAGAUCGGCGUGGGAGCGCGCUGUGGCUCGGGCGGCCCCGGCGCGGGGACGCGGCCGUGUAUUACUGCGCGCUGGGGCCACGGGCAGAGGAGCCGGGGCUGCGGCCGGGCACGAACCGCCGCGGGCGGGGCCGGGCGGGGCCAGCAGGGGGCGCUGCCGCUCCGCCCGCCGGGGCCGCCUCGCCCCGCUCGGGCCGGGUUGCGGCACCGGGACCGACACCGGCACCGGCAGUGGAACCCGGACCGGGACCGACAGCAGCACAUAGGCACCGUGGGGCAGUGCAGAAUUUAAAGUUUAUCCAUUUUCUUUCCCUGGCAGUGGCUUCAAGCAGAGCCCAGGUACAACAGGAGCCAUUCCUGGAGACCACCGAGGGCACCGGCAUCAACAUCACCUGCUCACACUCCACAAAAUUGAGCGGCGACUGGAUCCAUUUCUACCGUCAGCUCCCGGGAGGAGCUCCAGAAUUCCUUGCACUCGCUGCUAGAGGAUCCAAGGAAGUGCCGGCCAUUGCAGGACAGCUGUGGGUUUCGCAGGACGGGCGUUGGAGCGCGCUGUGGCUCGGGCGGCCCCGGCGCGGGGACGCGGCCGUGUAUUACUGCGCGCUGGGGCCACGGGCAGAGGAGCCGGGGCUGCGGCCGGGCACGAACCGCCGCGGGCGGGGCCGGGCGGGGCCAGCAGGGGGCGCUGCCGCUCCCGCUUGA